UCCUUCCGUAGCUCGUUCACUUCGACGUUGCGAGCAACGAAUUCGGCUGGGGCGGUGACCGACUUUUUUCCUCUCUCUUUCUUUUUUCUCCUUCUUUUCUAAGUUAGUCCCUUCCUCUUAUUUUCAUUUUUUUCCUUCCUUUGCCUUGAGACUAUUCAUUGUUAUCAGUUUUGAAACCCCUAUUUUCCUAGGAUUGGACGGUGAGGAGUUCCUCUCAUAGUUUAUCCUUCCCUUGCCGAGACAUCGCUUAUUUAUUUUACGACUGCAGUAGUCGCGGCUUCAUUAGAUAUAAAGACGUAGAGUCGAAUGGACAUAAUAUAUUCGAGCAAACGGAACUCUAUUCUCUUUUUUGUAUCAAGAGGCUAGGAAAGCGAAAGAAAAAAGUUAACAAAUAUAGAGACUUCGUGCGGUAUAUAUAUAUACGCACAUAUGUAUAUAUAUAUAUAUAUAUAUCAGUGAUAACCACGACGAUAGACAUUCGAAGAUAUUAACAAGCGUUUCGAUAUCACAGAUCUUUAAUCAAUCGGUGAUCCGUGAUCCGUACGAGAUGCUGGUAAUGCAAUUCGGGAGAUGGCUUUGGCAUAUAAUGGGCGGCAGUGGGACUCAGGUCUUUUGCUCUCUUCUGAUAUUCGUCACUGUUGUACUGGUGUCUUAUUGGCUGUAUUUGAAAUAUAGUCGCAUCUGUAAGUUACCUCCUGGUCCAUGGGGACUGCCGUAUUGUGGCUACAUACCCUUUAUCAAAGAAGGAAUACACCUGCAUUUCACUAAGCUGGCCAAGAAAUACGGUGGAAUAUUCAGCGUUAGCAUGGGCUCCGAGCUGACCGUCGUUCUCAGCGAUUAUCGCAUUAUACGCGAUUCAUUCCGACGUGAGGACUUCAGCGGCAAACCACAUGACGAUUUCAUGAACAUCAUCGAUGGAUACGGUAUCAUUAAUACGGAGGGUGCUCUGUGGAAGGAUCAGAGGAAAUUUGUACAUGAAAAUCUUAGAAAGUUCGGUAUGAAUUUCCAUAGCGCCAGAAAUUUGGAAUCGAAGAUCAUGCACGAAGUCGAGAUAUUUCUUAAGAGAUUGGCAAUGAGACGUGGAGCGCCCACAACCCUGACGUCCUCUCUCUGUGUAUCAAUCAGUAAUGUGAUCUGCUCGGUUAUAAUGGGAAUACGUUUCCACCAUGGCGACCCGAAAUUCAAGAGGUUUAUGGAUCUCAUUAACGAAGGAUUCAAACUGUUUGGUAAAGUGACAUUAGCGAAUCAUAUACCGUUAUUGCGUCACUGUCCAUGGAUUAAUAGCGUCCAAAAUAAAAUCGAAAAAAAUCGAUCAGAAAUGGCUGAAUUCUUUCAAGAAGUUAUCAAUGAGCAUAAAGCAAUGUAUGACAAGAAUAACAUUAAUGAUAUCCUCGAUUCCUACCUGUACGAAAUUCAAAAAGCUGAGGAAGAAAAUCGAGAAGAUCAGCUUUUUGAGGGAAAAGAUAAAGUUCGUCAAAUGCAACAAAUUCUGGCCGAUCUCUUCUCCGCGGGUAUGGAAACGGUGAAGAGUACUCUGGAGUGGUCGAUGGUUUUCAUGUUGAAUUAUCCAGAAGCAGCAAGGGCAGUACAGGAUGAAUUGGAUCAAGUCGUAGGAAGAUCAAGAUUACCCUCAUUGGAGGAUCGUCAAUUUCUUCCGAUCACUGAGGCGACGAUUCUAGAAAUUCUUCGCAGAUCCAAUCUUGUACCACUUGGCGCUGCGCACGCUACUACACGGGAUGUGAUGUUAAACGACCAUUUAAUACCAGCCGGUACUAGCGUGGUGCCGUUGUUAUAUGCGGUGCAUAUGGAUCCUGAACUCUGGGAUAAUCCGGAAGCCUUCCGGCCCAGCCGUUUUCUGUCUGCCGACGGGAAAGUGUCACAACCACGAUUCUUUAUGCCUUUUGGCGUCGGUAGACGAAAGUGCCUGGGUGAAGUGUUGGCGCGCAUGGAAAUCUUCCUGUUCUUCGCGUCAUUAAUGCACACGUUCAACUUGUGUCUACCUGAAGGUGUUCCAUUGCCCAGCCUGGAAGGCAACAUUGGCGCAACACUAACAGCGUCACCCUUUGAAGUUUGCUUGUUGCAGAGAGAUCUGCUGUUGGCAGAUUGCGAUAACAACGAGGUAUCUGGACCUUUGCGCAACAUUGGGAGCCAUUAGACCCUCGACGAACUUUAAAGCACGGUACUUGUUCCUAUUGCCGCAGAAGAGGCAAACAAAGAGAGAAUCUGCAAGUCGCGUGCUGAUGCUAUGGAAUCCAUCCAUUACGCACGCGAAGCUGGUGAGCCGUAAGAUUUACUUAAUUAUAAGAUUAUAUUUAAUUGUACAUUAAUUAUCAGAGAAUAAA